AUGGCAAAAACAUCCAAGGAGAAACAUGAAUGGUUUGAAGCUAUUUUGAAAGAAAGAGAACAGCGAAAAGGCUUAAAAUUACGAAUGCAGCAAGACACCUGGGUAAUGAUCUCUGAACAGGGCGAGAAACUCUACAAGGUGAUGUGCAAACAAGGGAAUCUGACCAAAGACAGAAAAAGAAAACUAACCACAUUCCCUAAGUGCUUCCUCGGAAGGGAGAUUCAGAAGUUGCGCCUGAAGCUCGAGGCAGAGCCGAAGCUGUGUGAAGAGCACAUCAAACACGUGGAGAGGAAGAUGAUGGAGGAGAAGGCAUGCUGCCUGCAAGUGAAGAACAAAGUGGCCAAGGUGUGCAGGAAGGCGGAUGCUGCCCACUGGAACUUAGGCCUCUACAGGAACAUGGCCCAGGACCUGCGUGGAGAAUGGCAGAAGAUCUCCUCCUUGCAUGCCCGGGAGCGCCUCCUGGUGGAGAACAGAUGGGAGGAGAGCCAGAAGGCUGUCCUGUGGGCAGAGAGGGAGUUCCGAAGGCUCCAGGCAAAAAGCCAUUGCCUCAGGCAGAAGCUGGCUAACUCUGGGCCCAAGGUCCAGCCUGUCUCCGGGGCGCCUCCUGCUCCUGCCGUUCUGGGCACAGCCUCCAAAUACCCUCAAGGGCCCAAGGCUCCCCUGAAACCCCAGAAGCCCAAGAAGGGAGCAAGGGUGCACUGGCCAGACUCCCAAGUUCUCGGGUCCACUGUGGGGAAGCUGGCUGCUCCUUGUGGGCUGUAUUACGGAGAGGCCCAUGUGGCAAGGAAUGAAUGUUUCUUGCUUCCAGUAAUGGAGGACCCUGGCUGCGAACAGCCACCUGAGCGAGCUCAAAAGCAGAUUUACCCCCCAACAAGCCUGGAGAUGACCGAAGAUCCAGAUGACAUCUUGACUGCAGCCUUGACCACCAUUAGUGGGAAGGGGCCCUCAAAGAAGCAAAAUGAGAACAUCUCUUACAAGCCUGCUGGCUUCCCUGCUCUGAUACCUGGGAGCUCUGCAGCCCUCAAGCACUCCUGGUCUUCCUGGGACCCCGAGGAUCCUGAAACCACACUGUCCCAUCGAGGGUUCCACCCCUGCCAGAGCUACAUCCUUCACCAGGGCAGACUUCCAAAGUCUCUGUAUAUUGAGAAGGAGAAAGAAAAGGAGAAAGAGAAGGAGAGAGAGGAUAAAGAAAAAGCAACAGUAUCUGAUAAUGUGGCUACUUCUGCUGCUGCCACCACACCAGCCACAAGUCCUGCUGUUAACACAUCUCCUUCAGUCCCCACUGCAGCAACCACUACAGAGGAACAAGUCAGUGAGCCAAAAAAGUGGAAUCUUCAUCGAAAUCGACCACUUUUGGAUUUUGUUUCCAUGGAAGAGCUGACUGAUAUGGAUGACUAUGACAGCGAAGAUGACAAUGAUUGGCGACCUACUGUAGUAAAGAGAAAGGAGAGAUCUGCAUCUCAGAAAGAAGGAAGUGAUGGAGACAAUGAAGAUGAUGAAGAUGAGGGAAGUGGGGGUGAUGAGGAUGAGAAUGAUGAAGGCAAUGAUGAAGAUCAUAGCAGCCCUGCCAGUGAAGGGGGUUGCAAGAAGAAGAGUAAAGUUCUUAGCAGAAACAGUGCUGAUGAUGAGGAACUGACCAAUGAUAGCCUGACACUAUCUCAAAGCAAGAGUAAUGAGGACUCGCUGAUUCUUGAGAAGAGUCAAAACUGGAGUUCUCAAAAAAUGGACCACAUUCUGAUUUGCUGUGUUUGUCUUGGAGAUAAUAGCGAGGAUGCUGAUGAAAUAAUUCAGUGUGACAAUUGUGGCAUUACAGUCCAUGAAGGUUGCUAUGGAGUUGAUGGAGAGAGUGACUCUAUUAUGAGUUCAGCUUCUGAAAACUCCACGGAACCUUUGUUUUGUGAUGCCUGUAAAUGUGGUGUUUCCCCUAGCUGUGAACUGUGUCCUAAUCAGGAUGGAAUUUUCAAGGAGACAGAUGCUGGAAGAUGGGUUCACAUUGUAUGUGCCCUAUAUGUUCCCGGAGUAGCCUUUGGAGAUAUUGACAAAUUACGACCAGUAACACUAACAGAAAUGAACUAUUCCACAUAUGGUGCCAAGGAGUGUAGCUUCUGUGAAGACCCUCGUUUUGCUAGAACUGGAGUUUGUAUUAGCUGUGAUGCAGGGAUGUGCAGAGCUUAUUUCCAUGUGACCUGUGCCCAGAAGGAAGGUCUGCUUUCAGAGGCAGCAGCAGAAGAGGAUAUAGCAGAUCCAUUUUUUGCUUAUUAUAAGCAGCAUGCAGAUAGGUUAGAUAGAAAAUGGAAGAGAAAAAUCUAUUUGGCUCUACAAUCCUAUUGUAAAAUGUCUUUGCAAGAGAGGGAAAAGCAACUGUCACCAGAAGCACAGGCAAGGAUCAGCCGGCUUCAGCAGUAUCGUGCCAAAGCAGAACUAGCUCGAUCUACCAGACCUCAGGCCUGGGUUCCAAGGGAAAAAUUGCCCAGACCACUCACUAGCAGUGCUUCAGCCAUUCAUAAGCUGAUGCAGAAAGCAGAGCUAAUGGGGAUCAGUACAGAUAUCUUUCCAGUGGACAAUUCAGAUACUAGUUCUAGUGUGGAUGGAAGGAGAAAGCAUAAGCAACCUGCUCUCACUGCUGAUUUUGUGAAUUAUUACUUUGAGAGAAAUAUGCACAUGAUUCAAAUUCAGGAAAAUAUGGCUGAACAAAAGAAUAUAAAGGAUAAAUUAGAGAAUGAACAGGAAAAUCUCCAUGUGGAAUAUAAUAAGCUAUGUGAAUCUUUAGAAGAACUGCAGAAUCUGAAUGAAAAACUUCGAAGCGAAGGGCAAGGAAUAUGGGCCUUACUAGGCAGAAUCACAGGGCAGAAGUUGAACAUACCGGCAAUUUUGCGAGCACCCAAGGAGAGAAAACCAAGUAAAAAAGAAGGAGGCGCACAAAAGACAUCUGUCCUUCCUGCAGUACUUUAUAGUUGUGGAAUUUGUAAGAAGAACCAUGAUCAGCAUUUUCUUUUAUUGUGCGAUACCUGUAAACUCCAUUACCACCUUGGAUGUCUGGACCCUCCUCUUACAAGGAUGCCAAGAAAGACCAAGAACAGUUACUGGCAGUGUUCAGAAUGUGACCAGGCAGGGAGCAGCGACAUGAAAGCACACAUGGCCAUGGAAACCUUACCAGAUGGGACCAAACGAUCAAGGAGGCAGAUUAAGGAAUCGAUGAAAUUUGUUCCACAGUAUAUGCCUCCAGAACCCAAGAAGAUUCCAGUAAGAAACACAAGAACCAGAAGACGAAAGCGAAGCUUCAUUCCUGAGGAAGAAAAACAUGAGGAAAGAACUAGAGAGAGAAGGCAGAGGCCGUCUGUAUUACAAAAGAAGCCUAAGGCUGAAGAUUUACGAACUGAAUGUGCAACUUGCAAGGGAACUGGAGACAAUGAAAAUCUUGUCAGGUGUGAUGAAUGCAGACUGUGCUACCAUUUUGGCUGUUUGGAUCCCCCUUUGAAAAAGUCUCCUAAACAAACAGGCUAUGGAUGGAUAUGUCAGGAGUGUGAUUCUUCAUCUUCUAAGGAAGAUGAAAAUGAAGCUGAAAGAAAAAAUAUAUCUCAGGAGCUCAGCAUGGAACAGAAAAAUCCAAAGAAAUAAAGGAUUUUCUGUAGUGUUUUGAAAAGUUUGCAACUUACGUAGUAGCAGAUAAAAUUUCUUAAUUGUAAAGUGCUAAUUGUAAAAUCUAAUUUGCAAAAUGUUCUCAAUA